AUGGGCAGCGAUCCCCUUCUAGAUCUGCGGAGGCGGGGCGACCGUCCGACUAAUGCCAUCGAAGCUGCUGAAGAUAUUAUUAUAGAAAUGUCAUCUUGGCUCGGAUCUCUACCCUCACUCCUUCGUGUCAAUCCAGGUUUCUGUUGGCUACCUGCACUGCGAAUAGUCGUUGCAGAACCGGCAAGCUAUGCAUUGACACAACUCAUGUGGAAUGCUGCUUACCACCGCCGGAUGAGUGUCCCACAACUGUUCAACUCGGUUUUAAGUGUGUGGUACGUUCUCCUGUCAACUGGUGUACUCAUAAUGGUGACUGUGGUGGAAGAAAGUGUUGUCCGACAGGAUGUCACUAAACGAUCAUUUGGUCAUUCACGCUCCUCAAUGUCUGCAUCUUACGACUUUAAGGGGAAGAAAGCUCUUGUCACUGGUGCAAGUAAAGGUAUUGGUUGUGCCAUAGCGGCUGCGCUUUCACAAGCCGGUGCAAAGGUGGUUGCCCUAGCCAGAGAUAAGGAAAAGUUGGAAGAAUUACGCAAGAAUCACAGCAACAUUAGCAUAGUGGUAGGUGAUGUGACGUCAUCAGAAUCGUCCCUCCGAGCACUAUUAGCUCCAUAUCAACCGUUCGAUAUUUUGAUCAACAAUGCUGGAACAGGUUUUGUCGAACCAUGUCAUAGUCUAACUGAAGAUGCAAUAACGAAGCAGUUGGACGUGAAUUUGAAGGCGCCCAUUAUUCUCACUAAGAUUGUGACAUCGGAAAUGAUCCGAAACUCUGUACGUGGAGCCGUUGUUAACAUUUCAUCGCAAGCAUCAAUGAGACCACUGGAACAUCACACUGUGUACUCGAACAAGACAGAUGUCUCGCAUUCUCCUGAGGAAUGGCUCGCUGAGGUCGCGCUGAAAGAGCAGUAUUCUAGUUCUUCCAUCUAG